GCUUCCUGUGCCUGGUGGAUGUGGUGCCCGUGAAGAAUGAAGAUGGAGCUGUCAUCAUGUUCAUCCUCAAUUUCGAGGUGGUGAUGGAAAAGGACAUGGUGGGGAGCCCGGCCCAUGACACCAAUCACCGUGGCCCCCCCAGCAGCUGGUUGGCUCCAGGCCGAGCCAAGACCUUCCGCCUGAAGCUGCCUGCGCUGCUGGCCUUGACCGCCCGGGAGUCCUCCGCGCGGCCAGGCGGUGCGGGCAGUGCGGGCGCCCCGGGGGCCGUGGUGGUGGACGUGGACCUGACGCCUGCGGCGCCCAGCCGCGAGUCGCUGGCCCUGGAUGAGGUGCCGGCCAUGGACAACCACGUGGCGGGGCUCGGGCCGGCGGAGGAGCGGUGUGCGCUGGUGGGCUCCAGCUCCCCGCCUGCCUCUGCCGGCGCGCCCGAGCCGCACCCGUCACCCCGGGCGCACAGCCUCAACCCCGACGCUUCGGGCUCCAGCUGCAGCCUGGCCCGGACACGCUCCCGGGAGAGCUGCGCCAGCGUGCGCCGCGCCUCCUCGGCUGACGAUAUCGAAGCCAUGCGCGCGGGUCUGCCGCCGCCCCCACGCCACGCCAGCACCGGGGCCAUGCACCCGCUGCGCGGCGGCCUGCUCAACUCCACAUCAGAUUCUGACCUCGUGCGCUACCGUACCAUUAGCAAGAUUCCCCAAAUCACCCUCAACUUUGUGGACCUCAAGGGGGACCCUUUCCUGGCUUCGCCCACCAGUGACCGGGAGAUCAUAGCACCGAAGAUAAAGGAGCGGACCCACAACGUCACUGAGAAGGUCACCCAGGUCCUGUCCCUGGGCGCCGACGUGCUGCCAGAGUAUAAGCUGCAGGCGCCGCGCAUCCACCGCUGGACCAUCCUGCACUACAGCCCCUUCAAGGCCGUGUGGGACUGGCUUAUCCUGCUGCUGGUCAUUUACACGGCUGUCUUCACACCCUACUCGGCCGCCUUCCUGCUGAAGGAGACGGAAGAGGGCUCCCCGGCCCCCGACUGUGGCUACGCCUGCCAGCCUCUGGCCGUGGUGGACUUCAUCGUGGACAUCAUGUUCAUCGUGGACAUCCUCAUCAACUUUCGUACUACUUACGUCAAUGCCAACGAGGAGGUGGUCAGCCAUCCUGGCCGCAUCGCCGUCCACUACUUCAAGGGCUGGUUCCUCAUCGAUAUGGUGGCUGCCAUCCCCUUCGACUUGCUCAUCUUUGGCUCUGGCUCUGAGGAGCUGAUUGGGCUGCUGAAGACGGCGCGGCUGCUGCGGCUGGUGCGCGUGGCGAGGAAGCUGGACCGCUACUCGGAGUACGGGGCGGCUGUGCUCUUCCUGCUCAUGUGCACCUUCGCGCUCAUCGCGCACUGGCUGGCCUGUAUCUGGUACGCCAUUGGCAACAUGGAGCAGCCGCACAUGGACUCCCGCAUCGGCUGGCUGCACAACUUGGGUGACCAGAUCGGCAAGCCCUACAACAGCAGCGGCCUGGGUGGCCCCUCCAUCAAGGACAAGUAUGUCACGGCCCUCUACUUCACCUUCAGCAGCCUCACCAGCGUGGGCUUCGGCAACGUCUCCCCCAACACCAACUCUGAGAAGAUCUUCUCCAUCUGUGUCAUGCUCAUUGGCUCCCUCAUGUACGCCAGCAUCUUCGGCAACGUGUCAGCCAUCAUCCAGAGGCUGUACUCGGGCACCGCCCGCUACCACACGCAGAUGCUUCGGGUGCGGGAGUUCAUCCGCUUCCACCAAAUCCCCAACCCCUUGCGCCAGCGCCUGGAGGAGUACUUCCAGCACGCCUGGUCCUACACCAAUGGCAUCGAUAUGAACGCGGUGCUGAAGGGCUUCCCCGAGUGCCUGCAGGCAGACAUCUGUCUGCAUCUGAACCGCUCGCUGCUGCAGCACUGCAAGCCCUUCCGAGGGGCCACCAAGGGCUGCCUGAGGGCCCUGGCCAUGAAGUUCAAGACGACACAUGCCCCGCCAGGCGACACGCUGGUGCAUGCUGGGGACCUGCUCACCGCCCUCUACUUCAUCUCCCGGGGCUCCAUUGAGAUCCUGCGGGGGGACGUCGUCGUGGCCAUCCUGGGGAAGAACGACAUCUUUGGAGAGCCUUUAAACCUGUACGCUCGGCCUGGCAAGUCCAAUGGGGAUGUGCGGGCCCUCACCUACUGCGAUCUGCACAAGAUCCACCGGGAUGACCUGCUGGAGGUGCUGGACAUGUACCCGGAGUUCUCUGACCACUUCUGGUCCAGCCUGGAGAUCACCUUCAACCUGCGGGACACCAACAUGAUCCCCGGGUCUCCCGGCAGCGCGGAGCUGGAGGGCGGCUUCAGCAGACAGCGCAAGCGCAAGCUGUCCUUCCGCCGGCGCACCGACAAGGACCCGGAACAGCCAGGGGAGGUGUCGGCCUUGGGGCCGGGCCGGGCGGGGGCAGGGCCGAGUAGCCGGGUCCGGCCAGGGGGGCCGUGGGGGGAGAGCCCAUCCAGUGGCCCCUCCAGCCCUGAGAGCAGUGAGGAUGAGGGCCCAGGCCGCAGCUCCAGCCCCCUCCGCCUGGUGCCCUUCUCCAGCCCCAGGCCCCCCGGAGAGCUGCCGGGUGGGGAGCCCCUGACGGAGGACCGUGAGAAGAGCAGUGACACUUGUAACCCACUGUCAGGUGCCUUCUCAGGAGUGUCCAACAUCUUCAGCUUCUGGGGGGACAGUCGGGGCCGCCAGUACCAGGAGCUGCCUCGCUGCCCUGCCCCCACCCCCAGCCUCCUGAACAUCCCUCUGUCCAGCCCCUGCCGGAGGCCCCGGGGCGACGUGGAGAGCAAGCUGGAUGCCCUUCAGAGGCAGCUCAACAGGCUGGAGACCCGGCUGAGUGCAGACAUGGCCACUGUCCUGCAGCUGCUGCAGAGGCAGAUGACUCUGGUCCCACCUGCCUACAGUGCUGUGACCACCCCAGGGCCUGGUCCCACCUCCAUCUCCUCUCUGCUGCCUGUCAGCCCCAUCCCCACCCUCACCCUGGACUCGCUUUCUCAGGUUUCCCAGUUCAUGGCGUUCGAGGAGCUCCCCCCGGGGGCCCCAGAGCUCCCCCAAGACGGCCCCCCUCGACGCCUCUCCCUGCCCGGCCAGCUGGGGGCCCUCACCUCCCAGCCCCUGCACAGACAUGGCUCAGACCCCGGCAGUUAGUGGGGCUGCCGGGUGUGGACACGUGGCUCACCCAGGGUUCAGCGCACUGCCUGGGCCCCUCCCCUCAGAGGCCCUGCCCCGAAGGCCCUGGCCGAGAAAGGGGAGAGGAACAUGAAGGCACGGCCCCUCCCC